GGAAUGCUGACCUAAUUGAGAAGCGUGAGCCAGGCAUCCCCCUCCUCACCAUUUGCAACCAUCAAUCUUGUAUGGAUGAUCCACACCUCUGGGGUAUCCUGAAAUUAAGGCAUGUCUGGAACUUGCAAAAGAUGAGGUGGACCCCCACAGCUGCAGACAUAUGUUUCACUAAGGAGCUGCAUUCUCGUUUCUUCAGCCUUGGGCGAUGUGUUCCUGUCUGUCGUGGAGAUGGGGUCUACCAGAAAGGCAUGGAUUACAUACUUGAGAAGCUCAACCAUGGAGAUUGGGUGCAUGUGUUCCCAGAAGGAAAAGUGAACAUGACCCAAGAGUUUGUACGCUUCAAGUGGGGCGUUGGACGCCUUCUAGCUGAGUGCCGCCUGCACCCUAUCAUAGUGCCACUCUGGCAUGUAGGGAUGAAUGACGUACUUCCCAAUGCACCCCCUUAUGUGCCCCGUUUUGGACAGAAAAUCACUGUAUUAAUUGGGAAGCCAUUCAGUUGCCGUCCUUUGCUGGAGCGCCUACGGGCAGAGAACAAGUCAGCGAUGGAAAUGCGCAAAGCAUUGACAGAUUUCAUUCAGGACGAGAUCCAAACUCUGAAGGACCAGGCUGAGAGACUGCAUCAGACAUUCAAGCUGCAGGGCUAGCAAUGGGGGUGCCAAUGAGCCUUGGAGGCCCUCCCACUGAAAUGCAGAAUGGACAGUCCGGAAGCAUGAUGGGGAAUGAAGUCCCUCCGUGGAAAGCCUCUAACCUUAGCUCUUGAGUGAAACCUUCCUACUUUUCCACCUGCCACCUGUGCUUCCCAAUGCCACAAAUAUAUUGGCAGUGCAUGCAGAGCACUGGUUGAAGGUUCCCAUGCACCACACUGAGCCUUGCACCCCAUUGGUGUGCUCUCUCAUUGUGCCUGUCUCCCAAAGGGGAGAGGAAGGACUCAGAACUGUUUUUGUAAGUAGCAUUUUCCAUUGCCAGAACGUAGAGUUGCUGAAAUUUCAACUUAGCGUCUCUUGGUGAGGCAUGUACAAAAACUGGGAAGAGCUUGAGGGAGGAGGUAAAGGCAGACCCUGCCCCCUCAUAGCAGUGAUGCCCCUUUGCACCAGCCUCCCUUGCUUGGGGGAAAGAAGGAUAGAGAGAUCCUUUUUUAAGGUGAAAAUAUUGGUCUGUAGAUGACUUUUAUACUUCGGACUUUUCCAAUAAAUGAUUCCAAUCCCUGCCUCAA